AUGCCCAUCCCUAUUCCCAUUCCCAUCCCUGUGUCGUCACCGGGUCGUGCGGACUCUCUUCGCGACAACGAUGCACCUGCUCGUCAGGAACGAGAGCGAUCACCAGUUGACUCGCUGCGCUCCUCCCGCAUUUCUUUGAAUUCCAAUCCAUUGCCACCAAGAUCAUCUGGUGUUUUUGGGCAUGGUCCCAAUUCCUCACCGUCGUACCGCCAGCCUGCUUUUUUUAUCAAUAUUCCGAGCACGGCGGCAGAUGACGAGAUCGCCGUCGACGUGCAAAUUGUGACAGGAGGUGGUCCUCGGGAAUGGUACCCGGAGCGGCCGCCUGCGGCAACAAGACAGGGCGCUGAGCGACCGCCAGCGGACCGAGCUGAAAAGCCGCUUGUGCCUCUCUAUAAGCGUUAUGCCGAAGAUGUCUACUAUGGCCGGGUUGCGGGAUUGCCAGAGUGUCCGAGAAUCCAGUUCAGCACCAAGUAUCGCGACUGGCGCACUUUGACGCCAUACAAGGAUUUCCUCAUCUGCCCGACUUGCUACGAUGCUGGGUUUGCACGGACUCAGUGGCGGAACGAGUUUGUGCCGGUGACUGGUAUUGAUCCGAAGCUGAAGACGAACUGCAUCUACGGCGCCAUGCCAUGGUACCAGGUUGCCUUCUUCUUCGUGCGGGCCUUCCAGAUGCCCACGCUGAGUCUUUUGCGGACCAUGUUCAACCGAGAUGAGGAAUUGCGGCUUCCAUGCCCGGGUCCCAGACGCAUUGCUGGCCGCUGGUUCACUGUCCAGGAUCCUCUAGAUGGGCGCCCGGUGAGCAAAUUCACGACCUGCGAGCAGUGCGCAACAGCCAUCACGGUCCUUUUCCCACGACUCAAGAGUCUCUUGCAGGACAACAAUCCAACGCCUCACGACACGACCAACGUUUGCUCGCUGUACUACGAGCCAGAGCGAAAGCGGCUUUGGAAGUUCAUUGAUGUGCUAGAGUCGACCAACAAUGCAAGCAUGGUGAACAAUGCACCCGUGGAUGUGAAUGAGUUUAUCAACAAGAUUUUGGACAUCACCCACUACGAAGAGUGCAAGCGCGACAUCCCGGUGCGCCAGCGCAAGUGGUACUGGAUGCGGACGAUGCCGGACUUUGUGGUCUGCCAAGAGUGCUUCGACGAGGUUGUAUACCCCGUGGUCACGACGUACCGCGGUGUGGCGGGCGAUUUUUACAAGGAGCCCAAGGAGCUGGAUAUUGCGGCAUGCCACCUCUAUUCGCAGCGCAUGCGAGACAUUUUCAAGCGGGCUUGCCAGAACAAUGACAAGGAGUAUCUUGCAAAGAAGCUAGAGGAGCGGGCCGACGUGGCGGCGGACAUCACCGCGCGCAUUCAACGGCUCCCAAAGGCGUCCUCAGCAGACGACGUUGAACAAAUGAAGCUCAUGGCGGAGUGGAAGAAGUGGGAGUAA